GAAGACGAGUUUCACUGUAAUCGAUUGAUUUGGGUUUUCUGAAGUGUAACCAUAAAGACGAAUUAGGAGGAAGAAGAUAAGAGAGAGAGAGAGAGAUAAUUGACGAGUUAGGGUUUCGAAAUCGAUUCACCGAGUCUUCUAUGCAUUCCGAUCUCCCCUGAUUUUGAUUCUAGUAGCUUAAAGGACCAAAUUUUCCGGCGAGAAGUUUGGGAUUUUCCGAUGAUUCUUUUAGUGUUUGGGAAUUUUGGAUUCUGACCCUAAAGCAAAGGACUUUACUCAUAAGUGUUUACCGAGUUUCUCCUUGUUUCCGAUUUUGUGUUGAGUACAACGAUCAUGACUGUGCCAUUGUGAUUCUGGAUAUUAGAUAUUAUGGGGUUUCUAUUUUUUGAGAAAUAAAAAAUAACAAAAAAUAUAAUUUUUAUUUUGUUGGGAUCGGGUAAUUUUUAUUUGGUUUUUUGGGUUCAUUUCUUGGAGUGUUGUGUUGUGUGUUUUGAGGAUUUUUUGUUACAUUCAAUUUUGGGAAAUGGGCCAGUGAAGUCCUGACAAGUUGAGUUCUUCAAGUUGCUUAAUUGGGUUUUUGAUAUUUAAAGGAAACCUUGUCCUUGAUAAAUUUACUGCAUCUGAUUCAUCAGUGCUUUUGUUUUUUGUUUUUGGAUUAUAAUUAUAAUAAUAAUAAUAGAAAUUGAAAUUUUUGGCUUUUAUCAAUUGGUAUUGAUAUUAAUAGGCUUUUGUUGGGUUGAAUUUAUUUAUUGAUUGAUAUCCUUUUUUGGUAAUGAAUGGAUCAUUUUUCCUAAUAUAGUGGUCACUGCAACAGGCAGAAAACCACUGGCCAUUCUGUCUCUCAAUUUUUUUGGCUUCCAAUUUUUCACAAAUAAUUGGAUUCCUAAAGAUCUUCUUCAUUCAUUGAUGUAACUUGUAACCCUUUAGCUUUGCAAUUGCUAUUGGAAAAAAUUGAAAAUUUGUAACUAUGGCUGUGUCUUUGACACGUUUGUCUUGGUGGUUAUGGGGUGGUAGUAAGGAGAAAGAGACUGUUGUUAAUGGAAAUUCAUCUUCUGAAUGGUGUUUUUCAAUGAAAGAAAGAGAGUCUUUGAAGUUUCCUUUGAUGAAGGGAACAAAGAUGGCUCCAUCUAACAGAAGGGUUAGAAAGAAGUGGCAUAGUAGGGAAGAGAGGAGAAUUGAUAGAGAGUAUGAUGUUGUUUUAGUACCAUCUGAUGGUGGUGGUGGUUGUUUAUCAGGCUCUGAAUCUGAUGAUUCAGAUUGGUCUAUUGGGUGGUUAGAGCCUCAUGGCUCUGAUUUUGUCAGUGAUGAUGAUGAUGAGUCUGACGGUAGUUUUGCUGUGUUGGUUCCUUGUUAUAGACCUGGCUGCAAGGAAGUGGAAGGAUCAAAUAAUCAGAUUUUGAGUGCUAUCAAGAACCUCCCUAAUGAAUUUUCUUCUGCUGGAAACAAUUACAUGGAACAAUGGUUGGCUUCACUUCAGAAUUUUGGAGCAUAAAAAACAACUUCAUGUGUGUUUGUAACUUCGAUUUCUACUUUCUACUAUGCUGCGCAAUUGUUUGAUGGCGGCACCAUGGAAGAUUUAUAUCGCAUUUCCAAACACACACUUCAUCGUUUAUGACUAAGACCUUUCUAGGAGGCAAAAAUAAUCUAUUAUGCAUCCAAUGUAUUUUUUCUACAUAGAAUCCACUUCUUCUCUUAUUGUAAAAGCUCAAAUUGUAAUGUAAAGUUUGGAGCUAGAACAUACGAUAUGGCCAAUCACUACUACAAUAAAAAGGAAUUUAUCUUUAUGUAAAUAUAACUCUUGAUCGAAAAUCAAUAUUAUAUUGAUAUAGGGAACUAUAGAA